AUGACCAAAAAUUGUAAAAGAAAAGGAGUUAUUAUUGAUGAAUUAACGUAUGAAGGAUCAUCAAAACCAAAGGAUUUCUGUUGUGUUUGUAAAUCCAAACAUGAUACAGUUAUUUGGAAGAAGGGUUCCUUUACACUCACUCCUUUAGCAUUAAAGAUGGCUUCACUUAUGAAAAAUUGUGUCAUUGAUGGCAAUUUAUGUGGAAAUGUUUGUUGUAAUGCAGCUAAACAACUCUCCAAAAGAGAACAACGAAAAACAUCUCAACUCAACGUUAAUGAUCCUAAAUUUUGUGAGUUGGAUAUUGAAAUCGUUCUUAAGUGUUUUCCAGAAAUUAAACCUGCAAGCUUUAUUUUAGAAACCAUAUUACAGGAACAAAAUGAGUAUCCUCUUGAUGUACGUUAUAUGGUAGCAUUAGCAGUGGCCAAAUAUGAUGUUGGAACUCAAAAUAUUUAUGAUAUUGUCAAAUUAGUUGGUAAUUUGCCAGAGUUUGGUAAUUUAAAAUUACGCGAUGCCAUGAAUUCUGACACAGUAAUAAGAUGUAUUGUUGAGAUUGGAUUAUGUGUUAAAGUUGCACUUUCUUUAAUCCUAAGUGAAUCUUUGGAUUUGUUGUGGUCUUGUGAUGAAACAGAGGAUCAUUAUAGAAGAUUUCUUGCCAUUACAGCACAUGGAAUGUUGAAAGACAAACCCUGGCAUUUUGUUCUUGGUUUAUCCGAAAUUAGUGAUCAUGCCAGCGUAAAUAUUGGUUGCAAAUCUGGAAUAUUGACACAAUUCAAUAAUCAAAGAAGACUGGAUUAUAAAGAAACUGAUCCUUAUGGUGUCACAGUAUUGGAAGAUUGUAUAUUUUUGAGUUGUGCUGAUCAUACGGUUGCUUUAGCGGCUAAAAGAGCUCACAAGCAAAUGGCAGAGAUAUGCAAGGAGUUUAAAGUAUAUGAUCCAACAAAAAUUCCUCCGUGCUAUCUUAGUAUUAUUCAUUACAUUACUUCCGUGAUAUCAUCUAAGUUCAGAACUACUUCCAAAAACAAAUAUCUUGCAUUCGAAAAUGAAAUAAGAUAUUGCUCAGUUGAUAUUGUAGCAAACUUGAUUGUUGAGAGAUUAUAUUUUUUUAAAAGUAUUAGAAGAUACAUCACUGACAAAAAGUUGUAUGAGGUAUUGAUGUUAUUGGAUAGAAAAGAAAUAGUGAUGAUGUUGUGUGUUAGUUCUUGCAUGUGGACAUCUCUUUACUCCAAAUAUAUGAAGAGUGGUUCCAUUAUUUCCUCUUCCAGUUAUUAUUUGGAAUAUUUGGAAAAGCUUACAGCUAUCAUUUCAAAUCCAAAUAAUUAUUCCUAUAUAUUGAAUGUAACUUUUGAAAUAACACCAGAGUUAUUUCGGGAAUAUUAUAACUCAACUAAAUCCUUAACUUUGAAUAUUCCUUCACUAAUAUCAGGUCAAAUAGAAUAUGAAAAUAAUAUCUUGCCACUCAAUCAAUUUGAAGAGCAAAUUGGUAAAAGCCUUGUUCAAAAUAGAGCUAUAGAACAAGACAAAGUUGCAGUUCUGAUAUUAGAAGAGUCGUCAGAAGAUAAUAUAGAGCAUGUAGAUAUUAGUUGCAUUGGUAAUGUUCAAGAAAACCUAUUUAUGAGGUUCGGUGAAGCAAUCAUCUCUGGAAAUGUUACUUCCUUAGUGGAUUAUAUUACCAAAAAUAAUUAUGCUACAGAAAAGUUGUACUCAGAUUUCAUUACAGCAACAAAUAGAUUGUGUGAAAGAACAUUCUCCACUAACCAGAGCACUGGUAAUCGAGUCAAUAAUAUUAGUCAGGCAAUUUCCAUUAGACUUGAAUGUCAGUAG